AUGAUUGGCUAUUUGACGCUGGGCGGCGUGCUAGUGCUGGCUGGGGGCAACCGCUCCGGGGCCGCCUCCGGAGAGGCCGGCGAGGGCGCGGGGGUCUCGGACGCGCCCCCGACCCGGGCGCCCACGCCGGACUUCUGCCGGGGCUACUUCGAUGUCAUGGGCCAGUGGGACCCGCCGUUCAACUGCAGCUCGGGCGACUUCAUCUUCUGCUGCGGGACUUGUGGCUUCCGGUUCUGCUGCACGUUUAAGAAGCGGCGACUGAACCAGAGCACCUGCACCAACUACGACACCCCGCUGUGGCUGAACACCGGCAAGCCCCCCGCGCGCAAGGACGACCCCCUGCACGACCCCACCAAGGACAAGACCAACCUGAUCGUUUACAUCAUCUGCGGGGUGGUGGCCGUCAUGGUGCUAGUAGGCAUCUUCACCAAGCUGGGGCUGGAGAAAGCGCACCGGCCCCAAAGGGAGCACAUGUCCAGGCGCCUCUCUCCCUCCUCUUCCCUCUCCACCUUUCCCCGGGCAAUGGCGCUUCCCCCACCCCCCGCGUCUCCGCUAGGGGAGGUCGCCCGGGAAGCCAACUUCGGCUCCGAGCGCGGAGAGGGGGCGCUGGGCUCCGCACAGGUGUGGAUUUGA